AUGGGAAAUGAUAGUUCAAGACAACUUUCGUCAAUUUCUGGUGGGAAAUUAGUAUCGUUUGGUCCAAAUGAAGAAUGGCCAACAGCUGUCAAAUUACACAAAGAUUUAUUGAAAUUACAUCACAUCGAAUUCAAAGAAUCGGAUCUUAGUGUUAAACGAGCUGACGAUACCAACAGUGAUUCAUCAGGGGAAAUUACUGGAACAGAUAGUGGUAGAGGUGGAAGUGAGGAAGAUAGUCAUAGUAACGGUAGAGCUUCACCACCUGUUCCACCUGCAAUACCUAAAAGAGCACCGCGAACAAAGUUUAAACCGAAGCCACCAACUUAUCCAGAACAUAUAGAAAAUCAUAAGAAGCAUUCCACAUCAAGUGACAUUUCAUCACUCGGGAGAGACGAUUCUAAUUAUAAUCUUAAAAAUGUGUCCUUUGACUCUACAGUGCCUAAAAGACCUCCAAUAAAAAAACAUGUUUCUUUUCAAAGUGAUUUUUGUCUAAACAAUACCCCAAGGUCGGGUGAUUAUACAAGGGACCAAUCAGUUUUUCCGAAAUAUCCAUCAUUAGGAUAUUCGGCGGGAAACAUUAACGACCGCCAUUUUGACAUUGAUGACGAUGAUAAUACCACUACGACUUCCGGAAGUUAUAUGGUGGAUUUCGACAAUGAAAGUACUGAUUAUGUACAUUCAAGAAUGAGAGAUGUUGUUGUAUAAUGGAGCAUUAUAAUAUUCGGUUGUUUUAUUAAUGAAUAUUGUUACAUUUUUAAAAAAUCGUAUAGUUUUUUGAUCAUUAAAUCCAAAGCGAAAUAAUGUUCAAAAUUAUGUUAUUUUUUCGAUUUACAAAGCAAAAACUUGUAUUAUAUUUGUUAUGGAUUAAUAGUUUAUUUUCGACUUGUCGAAAAUGGCGUGCAUUAGAAGGGCAAUACACACAUAAAACAUCGAAAUACCAUGCCACAUGGAUAACUUUUAAAGAAGCCGUAUUACGUUUCUAGGGGCUUUGUCGUAAUUCGGAAUAUUGUGCAUGUUUAAUAACUUCAAAAGGAGUUUAAUUCAAUACAGAAUUUGGUGCGUCCACAUUCAAGUUACAAGGCUACAUCGUGCAACUUGUUACUAUAAUCUGGGCAUUGCCAACGUAUUAUGUCUGAUUUUGGUAUGGUAUUUUGACAUUGAUCACGGGUGCUAUUGUGGUGUUGCCCUGCUAGGAAUUGUAUGCAUUUUCACAUAUAAGUAUUAGCAUUAAAUGCAAACUAAUUAACAAUUUUGUUUUAUAUAAUAAUUAAAAUCAAACUAUUGUAAAUAGUAUUAUAUUUUCUUAGUUUAUUAAAUGUAAUUAAUAAACGGAUCAAGUAU